UCCGUGGCUCAGCUGAGCUACCGGCCUGUUUUUCUUGUGGGAUAUCCGUUUCACUUGUGUGGCUCAUUCCGGAUAGCGACGCGCUGCAGUUCAGAUAAUGGGAGACACUCAGUCUGCGCAACGUGCGGGCAAGAAGGAUGCAGAGGAGGAGGAGAGCGCAAAAGUGAAUGAUGUUCAAAUUGUGCAGGAUACUGAAGACAAGCCUCUCAAAACCAAUGGGCAGAUCUCUGAGAUAAAUGGAAAAGCAGACGGCUCUAUAGCAGCACUCAAUGGUCUCUGCAAAGACGAGAUUUCUGCAGAGGCUAUCCUUUCCUCAGACAAAGAUGUUGCAAAGACAGAAAAGUCCCCUAAAGAAGAAAAAACUCCAGUGGAAAGUGUUGACAUCAAUGCAAAGACAUCACCAGAUGAAGCUGAUGCAAAUGAAGUUGAAAAAGUAGAAAUUAUCGAAAUGGAAGAGAAGCAAAAUGACAUCAAUGAAAGUUUUAGAAAUUUUUUCAGCAACAUUGGUUUGAAAUUGACAGUUAAAAAAGGCUCUGGUGAAGAGGCUGAAACAGAUGUGCCUGAGGAAGUACCAAACAUACCAGAGGAGGUCAAAGAUAAUGCACAAGAGGUCAAAAGUGAAAAUGAGGAACAGAGUGUGGAUCUAAACACAGCACAGGAAGCAAAUGAAUAUGAUUCAACAGUAUGUCCCAGUCUGACAGAUGGUACAUCAGAGAAUAUUCCAGAAAAUGCAGACAUAAAGAAAACAGAAACCAAAGAGGAAGCUGAGCGUGAUAAUGAUGAUGCAAGAACAACUUCACCUGCUGUAAAUGAAGAUGGACACCAGGAUACCACACAGGAACUGCAUCCAGCAUCACCAAUGAUUACUGAAGAAAAAGUGGUUGAAUCUCCAUUAAAAAGGUUUUUUACCACAGGAAUCUUUUCUAGUCUACGGAAGAAAAAGAAACUUGCAGAAGAUGAGGUGACCGAGAAAGAACUGGUGGAUAUGGGUGAAAACAAGAUUGCUGAAAUAGCAGAGCAAGCAGUGGAAGAGCAGGAUAAGGAGGAGAUUACUCUUGAUACUGAGGCAGCUACAACUGAGAAAGGACUUGGAGAAGCUAAGAUCGUGCCUGCAGUAACCACUCAGGAUGAUGUUAAACUACCUUCCACGAAGAGAUCAGAUGGUGAGGGUGAAAUACUAAACUCUCAAGAAAAAGAAAAAGUUCAGGCGAGUCCACUGAAGAAGCUAAUGUCAGGCUCUAGUUUCAGGAGUCUUUCCAAAAAACAGAAAGCAAAGAAAUCAAGUGACACAAAGAUCACUGACUCGCAAGAACAAGUCUCUGAUCAGCUGCUGUCUUCAACAGAGUCAGCUGAAAAUCAGAAAGACGAAAGUCCUGCACAACCCUCUGCACCGGCAGCAGAAGAAGAGGACAGUGCAUGGGUAGCCUUCAAAAAACUUCUGACUCCAAAAAAACGUAACAAGACGCCUUCAUUGAGCAAUGAACAGGCACAAAUCUCAGGUUCAGUAGAUGAGGCUAAACCAAGUGAAGGUGGGGAAAUAUCAGAUCACAGCACAGAAGAAGGAAAAAAAAGGAAAGACUCAUCUGUGUCAUGGGAAGCUGUUUUGUGUGGAUCUGGAAGGAGAAAAAGCCGAAAAUCAUCAGACUCAGAAGAAGAAACACCCCCAAAUAGCAAGCAAGACAGUGGACUUAAACAAGGUGCAGAAUCACCACUAGAAAGAUCUAAUGAGGCCCAAGAAAUUAAAGAAGGAAGUCCUCCAGAGAGUGAUGGGGAGUCAACAUGGAAAUCAUUUAAAAAACUUGUCACCCCCAAAACAAAAGCCAAGGAUCUGGAUGAAAGCAAAGAUAUCAUUCCUUCUGACAAUGAAGUUACUCAAGCUGAAUCCACGUUUUCUAUUAAGAAUCUCCUACCUGGAAGAAAAAAGAGAAAGCCUGCUGAAACGCUAGAACAAGUAUCUUUAGAUGAAGCUGACAAGGAAGCUUCAGGUGAUGAAGACUCUGAGACUCCAGCUGUGAUUCCACUGUCAGAGUUUGCAGAUGAAAUGGGAGAAAUCAAGGCAGAUGUAGAAAGUUACAUACCAGAAGUAACAGACAAUGAAGUCCAGCAGGACUCCACUCCACCUUGUGAUAGUCUUCCACUCGAAACACAAACGUCCCAAGACAAUGAGGAAGCUUUAGAAAAUGAGGUUCCUAAAACACUGGCUACACCUGCUCCAGUUGAAGAACCAGAUGACCUUACAGAAUCAAUCAGUAAACACCAACAACUCAGUGAUAUUCCAGAGGAGGGAGUACUUACAGAGACCAUGGCCACUCCGGCUUCAGGCAUUGAGGAAGCAGCAAGAGAUGACACUAUAGCAGAGGACCUGGUAGAGAUUACAUCUGAAGCCAUAACAGCUCCAGAGCCUGUUGAUGUUACUGUGACAGAUGAUGAAACUGAGAUGAUCUCUGCAGUUUCCCAGUUAUCAGACUCUUCAAAAACAUCUGGUAACGCAACACCUGUCCCAGCUGAAUACAGUGUCAACAACACAGAGUUGUUGCUAGAACAAGUUGCUGAAACCAUCUCUGUAAGUACGCAUGUAGUCCCAGUGACUUUAGAGGAGCCAAGUUCAGAAAGAAUAGUUAGUUCUGUCACGCCUCAAUUACUUGAAACAUUUGAAAAAGAACAGCCGGAAAUCCUGGAAAUACACAAAGGAUCAGAUGAAACAGUGGUAAACGCAGAGCUAAAUGCUGAACCAAUUGAUGCAAUUAAUGAACUUGAGGCAACAGCCCAAGCAGAGAGCAUACCUGAUGUUAACAAAGCUGUUUCAACAGAGAUUGUAUCUGAGAAGAUUGACAAUGCAGAAGUCACUGAAGAUGAAGUUCAUGAGGUCAGUGUUACACAGGUGCAAGAAAGCAUUAAAGAAUUAGAAGUUACUGAUGACAGCCAAAAUGUGCCAGAAUGCAUUUCUGAAGAAAAGGAAGAGUUACCUCAGGAGACAUUACCUGAAAGUGAUGAAGUUGCUCCAGAUAAAGGUUCUCUAGUUGUGGCAGAGCAAGUAGAAGAAGAUACCUCAAAAACUGAGACUCAAGAAGCAGAGUCAGCUCUUUUUGUGGCUGAUGAAACUAAAGAUGGAAGCAUCGAGCAGGAAGCCCAAAGUUCAUGCUCCAUGGGGGAUCAAAUCAAUCAAAAUAUUACUGAGCAAAGUCAAAUUGAAGCUGAACCUUCUGUGGUGGUGGAUGAGUUGGAAGCACUGGCAAAUGUAGAAAAAGAUGUAAAAGCUUCAGAAGAGGAUACUGUUCAGUCACUUGAAGACGAAGCACCACACUUAGAUGACAUACCACCAACAGAAAUAGUUACAGACGAUUCCAAGCAGACAGAGCAUCUUGCUGAAGUGACUGUUGAGCCAGAAGAUAGACAAACACAGGCUGAAGCUCCUAAAACAGAGGAUGACGAAGUGAAAGAUGCAGUGGAAGUUGAGCAAAAAGCCACAGCAACUGCAGAAGAGGAUAAAGUUCAAUCACCUGCAGAAGAAGCACUGGCCUCAGAAGAUGUUCCACCAGCAGAAAGUAUAGAUGAAUCCAAACCGAUAGGAGAGCAUCUCACUGAAGAUGAAGUUUCCAUUGAGCCAGAAACUAAAGAGACACAGUCUGAAAUUUUUGAAGUUACAGAAGUGCCAGAAGGUAUUCAAGCCACAGCAUUACAAUCAGAAGGGGAUAGUAUUCAAGAAGAAAUACAGCGCUCACAGGACAUUCAGUCUGCUGAACCAGUAACAGAUGAAUCCAAACAUACAGGGAAACAUCUCAUUGAAGUGAACGAUGAGCCAGAAACUAAAGAGCCACAGUCUGAAGUUUCUGAAGUUACAGAGGUGCCAGAAGAUGUUGAAGCCAUAACAUUAGAAUCAAAAGAGGACAACAUUCAAGAAGAAAUACAACCCUCGCAGGACAUUCAGGCUGCUGAACCAGUAAUAGAUGAAUCCAAACAGACAUCAGAGCAUCUCACUGAAGGUGAAGUUUCUAAUGAGCCAGAAACUAAAGAGCCACAGCCCGAGGUUUCCGAAGUUACAGAGGUGUCAGAAGGUGUUCAAGCCACAACAUUGGAAUCAAAAGAGGACAGUGUUCGAACAGAAAUACAACCUUCAGAGGAUAUUCAGUCUGCUGAACUAAUAACAGGUGAAUGUAAAGAGUUAGCAGAGAAUCUCAUUGAAGUGACUGAUGAGAUUAAAAAAAAAGAACCACAGCCUGAAGUUUCCAAAGUUCCAGAGGUACCAAAACUUCUUCAAGCCACAUCAUUGCAUUCAAAAGAAGAUAGUGUUCAAACAGAAAUACAACCUUCAGAGCACAAUCAGUCUUCUCAACCAGUAACAGAUGAAAACAAACAGACAACACAACAUCACACUGAAGUGACCGAUGAGAUUCAAAACAAAGAAUCGCAGCCUGAAGUUCCAGAAAAAGUAGAAGCUGUACAAGCAGCCACAUUAGAUUUAGAAGAGGGGAGUGGUCAGUCAUGGGAGAAAGAAGUAAUAUCAGAGGAUGUUCCACCUGCAGAAAAAGAUCAGCCCCAAGAGGCUAAAAUGUUACCAAUCACUGAAGAUAAAGGUGAAGCAGUGGAUGAUUCCAUAACCAAGGAUGUUCAAGAACCAGCAGUGUUACAAGUGGUACAAGCCGUCACAUUAGAUUCAGAGGAAGGUCAACCUCAAGGAACUGAAGAUGAGGUGAUAUCCAAGGAUAUGGGGGCAAUGGAAACAGUUACAGGUGAACCCAAGCAGAAAGCAGUUGACCUAAUGGAACCAGAAGCAUCACUGCCUGAUGCAGAAGACAAUGUUCCUGCAACUGACCGUGAAGCAUCCAAGUCUGCAAAUGCAAUUGCAUCAAGUGUUGAGGUGUUUAGCACUCAGGAGCUUGAAACUGAAGCACUGCUAGAAGAUGUUCCGAAACCAGACACUGACAGCAUUACAGAUGAAACUGAGAAAAAACAACCAGACCAGGAUUUAGAAAUAAACAAAGAUCAGAAAACCGAAAGCAUUCCACAAAAUGAUCAAGCUGAACACGAAGAUAGAAAAGGUGAAGCUUUGGAAGAAACACUACCAGCUGCUUAUGUGCCUUCUGCAGAACAAGAAGAAGAACAAGUAAGUAAUGAUCAGGUCCAUUAUGAGACUUGUGUUGACAGUGCUGAAGCUUCAGAAGAACCCAAAUAUGACGAGGAUGUUAGUACAGCCCAAGUAAGUGUUGAGGGAGAAAAAGCUGGUGAACUUCAAGGCACUGAGGUAAUCACUGCUGCCACUGAGCACGCUGUAGUGAUGCAAGUAAUAACAUGUAAUCUAAAAGAUGUUUCAGCAGUAAUACCUGAUGUUUCAAUUGAGGAAACAACUGAGAUUCGAGAACACUUGAUAGAAAGAAAAGCAAGUGAGAUGGAGAUAAAGGACACUUUUGAGACCACAACACCAUUAGAGAAGAACAAUGUCAUUAACACAGCAGAAGGAGGCAGUGUGGUUGUUAUGAUGCAUGUUCCAUCACUAGAGUUUGACGACAAUCACAGAUUCCAAGUGCAAGUGGUGGAUGUUGAUAUCAAUUCAGCAGAGAAUAUCGUCAACACAAUGCUUGAGGUAGGGGUUACAGAAGCCAAAGAAGUUAUUGAUGUUUGUUAUGAAACUCUUGGAAAAGUAGAAAACCUAUCUGCCUCUACUGCAAUCGAAGAGGAAGUGAAUAACGAGGAAAACAAUCUAACCGUUCAAGAAGUUAUUCAAUAUGUAAAGGGGAAUUUACCAGAGCCCACUCCUGAAUCUGUGCCACAUAAGUUGGAACAAGAAGUUAUAAAACAACCAGAUGUUAGCGAGACAGUUCAAAGUGCACCAAGUGAACCAGAGGAUGAAAAAAUGAUGAAGGACAGUUCUGGGGAGCUCAUAGAAGAAGAGGAUGAAGGACAUGGGAUCCCAGCUGAGCAGAAAGAGUCUGAGGAUCAAUUGCGAAUUUCUGAUUUAGGUUUAUAUAUCUCUACCCAUGAUCACACAGAGGAUCUGGAAGAAACUCAAGCUGAGCUGCAAAAAUCAGAGGUAUGUGUGACAGCGGAGGAUGCAACAUCUGAAGAAUUAGCUAAGAAGAAAGAUGGCGAUACCACCACAGAAGCACAAAACCUACAAAGUACACAAAGCCAGAUUGUUACACCAAAUAACACAUUAUUAGUAGCCCCCCAGAACACGGGUAUGAUCUCGUCAAUAGGUAAUGUAGAGUCUCCUUCAAGCCUGUCCUUAGAAUUCAAACUUAACAUACAGUUUGGGCAGCUAAAGGCACCAGCAUCCCCACCUCCUCCUGCAGAACCUGUGAAACAGCUUAAUGUGUCCGAAGUUGCUGUUCAGGCAGUAGAAGCAGUGGAACCUACAAACCUGAUAAAUGCAAUGCAAAGAGCUGAGAGCGAGAAACAAAUGGAGCUAAUGGAAGUCGCUGUUCAGACAACAGAAAUUACUGAAUCAGAAGCUGUGGUCUCCCAUCAGCCUAAACUUCAGGACAUUGCUGUCCAAGAAAUGGAAACAACACAACCAGCAGAACAAACUGAAUCAGAGGAACCAAUAAUCUCCAAAAUCCAGGCAGCAGAAACCACCAAACCGCUGAAGCAAAUCACAGAGCCAGCAGAAAAAUUAGAUUUAACUGAAAGAGCCAUGAUAUCAAAACAGCCAGUACUACAGGCUGUUAGCAUCCAGACAAUAGAAACAGUAGAACCAGUGGAACAAAUUCAGUCAAAGCAAUCGAUAAUACCAGACAUUCAGGCCACACAAACGACAGAACCUGUGAGGCAAAAAGAGAAACGAGACUUGUUGAUCAGUCAUCCUGCAGUCUUCAAGGCUCGUAGCAAAGAAAAAACAGCAGAGGAGCCCAUUAAACAAAUAGAGGAGGAAAAUGAUGACGUGUGGCUGGAUGCUGAGGAAGACAUUUACACCCAAGAGGAAAAGGGGGCAUCCCACAUCAAAGUGGAAGAACCCACGGAGCCUCAAGCGGGAAGUGCACAUGAGGGAAAAGAAGAUCCUGAAUCUGAGUUUGAAAUGGCACCUGAUACCAAGAGUGAGGAUGAGGAAUAUCAUCAGAGAUUGCACAAAACAGGAGGAAUAGGUGAAAUUGAGAGUGAAGGUGAAGAUUUUGCUGUUGCCCUGGAGUACCCAGUAAUCACAACACGUGUCACUCAGGCAGAAUGGGAUUAACCUAACCCAGCUCAAGUGUUACUGAGUGGUGGAACAAUCAAAAAGUAAAAGGAAGAAAGCUUCAUAAAGCCAUCAAAGCCUUUUAUUUCACAUUAUGUUGCACCAAAAUAUUCUGAUAUUUAUUAGCGAAACUAGCCUUAAUUGCUAAGAUUAUCUUAUUAUUAUACAGUAUAUGACUUAAGAGAGUGUUUUGGAAAGUGUGCAUUGAAAAAAAAAGGUUAAUCUUCUCAGGGGGCUUGAAUUGUGAUUUUUGAAUGAUUUUAGAAGUGUGACAAUGAGCUACUUAUACCACGCAGGGGCCUCAGUAAAUUUAACUACCUGUUUGUCAUGUAAUGCAACUUCAUUGCUAAUUAUAUCAGGUCUCUCCAUUUAUAAUUCCUACAUUAUUAUGCCUAAGUUUUUGAAUAGAAUGUAUAUGUCAGUAAGUCAAUAAGAAUAUCAUAAUAUAUUUGUUGAAUCUUUUCACCUUUUAUGGUAAAAAGCUUAAAAAAUGUUCAGGUGUUAUUCACAGACCACAUUAAAUCAUGAUGUAUGUUACCAGUUACAGCACAUAGAAACACCUUUUUAUAAAAAUUAGCAAAAUGUAGAUAUUUCCACAACACAUUUAUUUGCAAUCAGUAUUUCACUUAAAUACAUGUUGCCACAUGAUUUAAAAAGUCAGACCUGAACAUACUGAGGAUAUAUAUACAUAUAUACAUAUAUUAUUAUUAUUAUUAUACGUGAUCUUGUACAUAAUGAAUAUUUUAGUGAUUAGAAUUUUUACUGUGAGCAGUUCGAAAAUUAGAACAUGGUGAGAGCAUGGCAUGAAGCAAGGCGUGACAGUGUUUAAUCUAAAGCUGAACUUAAUCAAAUACGCAGUUAAUCUAAUUUUAAUCAGCAGUGCCUUAAGCAACCAUGUUUACUCAAACUUUUCUGUUCUCCUGUUCUUUAACAGGCUGUUGCUACCACUGAAAAAAAUAAAAAGUGAAAAUUUUGAUUGUCUCAAAAUUUGAGAUACUAACCCUAAAUUUAGACUUAGAGACAGGAAAAAAUAAAUCUAAGUGCCAGAAACAAGCCUCCUCACUAAGCUUGAUGCCUGAGGCUCAGUAAUCAAACUGCAACAGAGUGAGAGAAAUAAGCUUGUGAAAAGGUAUUUAUCUUAGCUGUAUGCUUUUACUUUGAAAUCUCAUUGCCAUUACUGUCUGGUAUGGACAAUCCUUGCUUGUCUGAUGUCACUAAUAUUGAUUUAUGUGUAUUUAUAUGUUUUCUGAUAUAUUUAC